UGUUACAUAACAUUGAGAACUAGUACAAGUAAAUAUUAAAGUGAAGUGACCAUUUCCUACACAAGCUCAUUCAGAGGAGGAUGAAGACCAUUUUGGAGGAAGAAAAGCACCCUUAUUAAGAAUUGCAGCAAGUAAGCCACCAAGGUCUUUUCAGGAUGACUUUCUUAUAUCAAGUGGUACAUUUCAUUUUAUUUACUUCAGUUUCUGGUGAAUGUGUGACUCAGUUGUUGAAGGACACCUGCUUUGAAGGAGGGGACAUUACUACGGUUUUCACACCAAGCGCCAAGUACUGCCAGGUAGUCUGCACCUACCACCCAAGAUGUUUACUCUUCACUUUCACGGCGGAAUCACCAUCUGAGGAUCCCACCCGAUGGUUUACUUGUGUCCUGAAAGACAGUGUUACAGAAACACUGCCGAGAGUGAAUAGGACAGCUGCGAUUUCUGGGUAUUCUUUCAAGCAAUGCUCACACCAAAUAAGCGCUUGCAACAAAGACAUUUAUGUGGACCUAGACAUGAAGGGCAUAAACUAUAACAGCUCAGUUGCCAAGAGUGCUCAAGAAUGCCAAGAAAGAUGCACGGAUGACGUCCACUGCCACUUUUUCACGUACGCCACAAGGCAGUUUCCCAGCCUGGAGCAUCGUAACAUUUGUCUACUGAAGCACACCCAAACAGGGACACCAACCAGAAUAACGAAGCUCGAUAAAGUGGUGUCUGGAUUUUCAUUGAAAUCCUGUGCACUUUCUAAUCUGGCUUGUAUUAGGGACAUUUUCCCUAAUACGGUGUUUGCAGACAGCAACAUCGACAGUGUCAUGGCUCCCGAUGCUUUUGUCUGUGCCCGAAUCUGCACUCAUCAUCCCGGUUGCUUGUUUUUUACCUUCUUUUCCAAGGAAUGGCCCAAAGAAUCUCAAAGAAAUCUUUGUCUCCUUAAAACAUCUGAGAGUGGAUUGCCCAGUACACGCAUUAAAAAGAGCAAAGCUCUUUCUGGUUUCAGUCUACAAAGCUGCAGGCACAGCAUCCCAGUGUUCUGCCAUUCUUCAUUUUACCAUGACACUGAUUUCUUGGGAGAAGAACUGGAUAUUGUUGUUGCGAAAAGUCACGAGGCCUGCCAGAAACUGUGCACUGAUGCCGUCCGCUGCCAGUUUUUUACCUAUACCCCAGCUCAAGCAUCCUGCAACGAAGGGAAGGGCAAGUGUUACUUAAAGCUUUCUUCAAACGGAUCUCCAACUAAAAUACUUCACGGGAGAGGAGGCAUCUCUGGAUACACGUUAAGGUUGUGUAAAAUGGAUAAUGAGUGUACCACCAAAAUCAAGCCCAGGAUUGUUGGAGGAACUGCGUCUGUUCGUGGUGAGUGGCCGUGGCAGGUGACCCUGCACACCACCUCACCCACUCAGAGACACCUGUGUGGAGGCUCCAUCAUUGGAAACCAGUGGAUAUUAACAGCCGCUCACUGUUUCUAUGGGGUAGAGUCACCUAAGAUUUUGCGUGUCUACAGUGGCAUUUUAAAUCAAUCUGAAAUAAAAGAGGACACAUCUUUCUUUGGGGUUCAAGAAAUAAUAAUCCAUGAUCAGUAUAAAAUGGCAGAAAGCGGGUAUGAUAUUGCCUUGUUGAAACUGGAAACCACAGUGAAUUACACAGAUUCUCAACGGCCCAUAUGCCUGCCUUCCAAAGGAGAUAGAAAUGUAAUAUACACUGAUUGCUGGGUGACUGGAUGGGGGUACAGAAAACUAAGAGACAAAAUACAAAAUACUCUCCAGAAAGCCAAGAUACCCUUAGUGACCAACGAAGAGUGCCAGAAGAGAUACAGAGGACAUAAAAUAACCCAUAAGAUGAUCUGUGCCGGCUACAGGGAAGGAGGGAAGGACGCUUGCAAGGGAGAUUCGGGAGGCCCUCUGUCCUGCAAACACAAUGAGGUCUGGCAUCUGGUAGGCAUCACGAGCUGGGGCGAAGGCUGUGCUCAAAGGGAGCGGCCAGGUGUUUACACCAACGUGGUCGAGUACGUGGACUGGAUUCUGGAGAAAACUCAAGCAGUGUGAAUGGGUUCCCAGGGGCCAUUGGAGUCCCUGAAGGACCCAGGAUUUGCUGGGAGAGGGUGUUGAGUUCACUGUGCCAGCGUGCUUCCUCCACAGUAACACGCUGAAGGGGCUUGGUGUUUGUAGGAAAAUGCUAGAAGAAAACAAACUGUCACAAGUUGUUAUGUCCAAAACUCCCGUUCUAUGAUCAUUGUAGUUUGUUUCAGCAUUCAGUCUCUUUGUUUUUGAUCACGCUUCUAUGGAGUCCAAGAAUUACCAUAAGGCAAUAUUUCUGAAGAUUACUAUAUAGGCAGAUAUACCAGAAAAUAACCAAGUAGUGGCAGUAGGGAUCAGGCAGAAGAACUGCUAAAAGAAGCCACCAUAAAUAGAUUUGUUCGAUGAAAGAUGAAAACUGGAAGAAAGGAGAACAAAGACAGUCUUCACCAUUUUGCAGGAAUCUACACUCUGCCUAUGUGAACACAUUUCUUUUGUAAAGAAAGAAUUUGAUUGCAUUUAAUGGCAGAUUUUCAGAAUAGUCAGGAAUUCUUGUCAUUUCCAUUUUAAAAUAUAUAUUUAAAAAAAUCAGUUUGAGUAGACACGAGCUAAGAGUGAAUGUGAAGAUACCAGAAUUUCUGUGUGGAAGAGGAUUACAAGCAGCAAUUUACCUGGAAGUGAUACCUUAGGGGCAAUCUUGAAGAUACACUUCCCUGAAAAAUGAUUUGUGAUGGAUUGUAUAUUUAUUUAAAAUAUCUUGGGAGGGGAGGCUGAUGGAGAUAGGGAGCAUGCUCAAACCUCCCUAAGACAAGCUGCCGCUGUGACUGUGGGCUCCCAAAGAGCUAGAUCGUAUAUUUAUUUGACAAAAAUCACCAUAGACUGCAUCCAUACUACAGAGAAAAAACAAUUAGGGUGCAAAUGGAUAGUUACAGUAAAGUCUUCAGCAAGCAGCUGCCUGUAUUCUAAGCACUGGGAUUUUCUGUUUCGUGCAAAUAUUUAUCUCAUUAUUGUUGUGAUCUAGUUCAAUAACCUAGAAUUUGAAUUGUCACCACAUAGCUUUCAAUCUGUGCCAACAACUAUACAAUUCAUCAAGUGUGAUUUUUUUUUUUUUGAGAUGAAGUCUCACUCUGUUGCCCAAGCUGGAGUGCAAAGGUGUGAUCUCGGCUCACUGUAACCUCCACCUCCUGGAUUCAAGCGAUUGUCCUGCCUCAGUCUCCCAAGUAGCUGAGACUACAGGCACAUGCCACCAUGCCUGGCUAAUUUUUGUAUUUUUAGUAGAGACGGGGUUUCACUAUGUUGGCCAGGCUGGUCUUGAACUCCUGACCUCGUGAUCUGCCCACCUCGGCCUCUCAAAGUGCUGGGAUUACAGGUGUGAGUCACUGCGUCUGGCCAUGGAAAAUAUUUAUUGAGCACAAUUAUGUGAGAGCAUCAUGCUGAGCUUUGAAGAUACAGUGGUGAGCAAACAGAUAUCCUGGCUUCAUGAAGAUUAUACUCUAGUUAACAUGAGCAACAAAAUAAAAUAAUCACACAAAAUAUAUAGGUUCAAGCUGAAAUGAGUGGCUGCACCAGAUUCUAUGAGAUGAGAAAGGAAGAAGGACAUUUUUCACCAAGUUCAAAGACUGGGAUACAAAGGAAUUUGUCCUGACAAAGACAAAACAAAAACAACAACAAACAAAAAACCCAAAAGAGCAAAAUGACAGUAGAACAUAACGGGGCCAGAUCAAAAAUGCUGACAGGUUCCCAAAAGAAUAAAAUGACGGUAGGACAUGACGGGGCCAGAUCCAAAAUGCUGACAGGUUCAAACAAAAUUGGAAUUGAAAAUCAGAGUGCCUUCAAGAGUAUCAAACAAUACUAUCUUGUUACUUGCUUAUUACCUUAGUAGACUGGAAGCAACACUUCACACAAAAAAGGGUUUGGAUGUAAUUUCGGAUAAGAAGAGAUGUUUCUGUAAAGUCUUUCCUGAGAAGCAUAUUAUUUGAGAAAAACACAUAUUUCUGUUUUUAGUAUUUCACUUUGUAUAAUGUCUUAAUUUUUGAAGAGCUGGUAUAUUCCUAUGAUUUGUUAAUGAAAGUUCUAUAAGAUAUAAAAUAUACAAUGAGGAGAUCUCCUCUUCUGUACCAGAAGAGUGCACAUUCUACACACUGUGUAGCACCCUUCUCACUUACGUUCUGUCUGGGCACACUUCUGAUUGACACGCAGAGGGCUCCCUCUGUCUGGGGAUAUUUCUGAUGGGUACCGAGAGAGCUUCGUCUAUCUUGGGUUAUUUCUGAUGCGUAGAGAAGGGCUGCCUCUGUCCAUUAUGGAAGGCUGGUGUUCACUGCAGGGAUUCCACACUUCAUUUAACCAGAGUCCCCGUGGAAGGACGCUUGGGUUGUUUUCAAUCUUUCCCUCUUUCAUACACGCGCAGGAACAUUUGUAGGAUAAAGUCCAGAUGUAGAAUUGCUGAAGACAAAACAAAAUGAAAACAGCAGAUGCAUUUGUAAUUUUGAAUAUUGCCAAAUUUCUCUUCAAAAAUCUGUAGCCAUUUUUUCUCCCACCAGCAAUGUAAGAGAGGACCACGUUCCAGCUACCAUGACACCACAAUUAGGAAUUUUUGACAAUCUGACAGGUGGAAAAAGGUAGCUCACUGUAGUUUAUUUUGCAGUUCUCUUACUAUGACAAAUUAAUAUAAAUGACGUGAUGUUAAUGUGG